GUACACAGUACCCUGGGAUCAAGAUUUGAUAUCGAGAGGUGAAAGGUGAAACAUCACGUGAGGUAUUACGUAAACACAGGUCGGACUACUGCCCUACUCAUAGUCAUAUCCUCACUUGGAGAAUUUACUAGAAGCCUCAGCUUGUUACCGCCCACUCCCCUCCCCCUCAAAUCAAACACUUUUAUGUUUUUCUGGUUGACUGCAAGUGGCAUAGAUCCUUCGGGUCGGAGGGAGCCAGGGCGGCGGCGGAACAUCACCGCGAGCGGGGGAAGAUGAAGCGCCGAGCAGACACAGCUGUGGGCCGCCAUGCACGCGAUAGCGAGGAGGAUGCCAACCACCGCGACGGACCUGUUUCGAAAUCGAGAAAAGGUGCCGUCAGGAGGGCCGCUUCUGCUGUUAGUAGUCCCGCGGACUCCCCUGCCGUCAACGGACAACCUUCUCCCGACUCGAACUCAACCUCCUCUAAAAGGAAGAUCCGCAGCCUCGCGGAGAAGAACCGGAGAGACAAACUGACCAGCUUCAUCUCCCAGCUGUCCACCCUCCUCCCGCUGGCCAACACUCCGGACAAGAAGCUGGACAAAUGUGACGUACUGCGCCUGGCUGUCAACUAUCUCAAAGUCCAAAAAUACCUGAUCAACUCUGAUGAUGAAUCCAGCAAGGCUCAUUGGCCGUCAUGGAUGACAGAGGAACAGCUGCAGAAGCUCCUCCUGGAGAGCAAUAACGGCUUCCUGCUGGUGGUAGACAAGCGAGGAACCAUCCUCCAUCUGCACGAGUCUGUCAAUUAUUACCUCGGCAUUCCCCAGAAUCAGAUCACAGGUCGCACCGUCCAGGCCCUGGUUCACCCGGAGGACCUUCACAUCCUGUAUGAACAUGUACCACUGCUGCAGCCUUUUCACCAGGGCCAGGAGGGAGAGCCAGUUUCCUUAAGCUCAUCCGAUGGCAACCUGUCGUUCUGUGUGCGAGUGGUGUGCCGUAACACCACCAACAAGGCAGGCUUCUUCAGCUACAAGUUUGCUCACUUCAAGGGACACACCCAGCCACUGGUGGACGACAGUGACGGGGAAGGAAAGCUCCUGCCCCCUCUGGUGCUGGUGGCGGUGGUACGACCCUACAUGGAGUCCGUGUUUAAGGAGAUGUCAUCCUUCUUCUCCAGGGAAAAUGAAGUCAUCAUCUUACACAACCUGCAGGGAGUCUGUGAGUUUGCAGACCAGAGAAUGUUUAAGUUUGGAGCCCUGGCUACGGAGAUACAGAAAGGCUCAGUCUAUGAACAAGUCGACAAAGAGGAUCUGAAGUAUGUCUCGCAUGCCCACAGUGUCAUCUAUGACACGUGUCAGACAAGCACCGUGUUCAGAAUUAAGAGGAGGAUGCAUCUGGGCUACUGCCACAGCAUCACCUAUGUCAUCAAGGACAGGUGGACCAGUCGUCCCAAGGGUUUCCUCAGCUUCUUCAGUGUACUCAGUGAGAAGGAAGGCAGGCUGAGAUGGAAGAAACAGGACAAGGAUUACAGAAGUAUGAUGGCGGCAAAACAAACCUUGUCACUUCCAGGAGAAAUAAACACCAACACAAAGGAGGAGUCUCUCUCACCAGUGUCUUCAAACUGCCCUGUCAUAAGCCAUAUGGCAGUAAGCAGUGCUAAACUGGAAUUGCCUGAUGAUAAAUUUGGACUCUGCCCUCUCAAGAUUAUGAAUCUGUCAUCAGAGGUGCCCGUGGGCGAAAAAUCCCAUUUCCAGAACAACACUGGCUGUCUCGAAACGGUCGUAUGGCCAUCACCAGAGACCUCCCCUGCACAGCAAGCACCGUUUGACACUUCCAGCUCUAAUUCUCCACUCAGCUUUUCCAAAUCGGAUUCGAGUGGCGGAAGCAGUCCUCAAACGCCGUCCGGUACGAUGAGCGAUUGCCUGACACCCAGUCACUUUCCCUCGCAUAGUUCCACGUACACCAGCCCUGGUGGACAGAAUGCCACAUUGCAGACGACAGUUGCUGACAGUUUGCUGAGACAGUUGAUAGAGAGCCAAACAUCUCCUGUCUCUUCUAUGACAGCAAAUUCAGAUUCCAUGCAUCACAAUGGUCACAUGGACGGUGGCUUCAUCAACGGUACCCAGGAGGAGGUUGCUUGUACUUCCUCUGAACAGGAAAUGUUGGGAAGUCUCAGUGCAGGAGAGCACGAAGGACAACUAACAUCUCGACACCCCUCCGUAGCAGUGGUGCACCCCACUCAGGCAAGGGCCAUGGUAUCUUCCAAUGGACCAGUAGACCUACAACCCCUCGCUGAUCCUUUGGGAGUCUUCACCAGUCCAUCAGAGGAUGCCCAGCCUGUGCUACAAGCCAGCCUGACUCCCUCCUCCCAGUGUCCAAUGACAGAGGAGUACCGGAUCAACCAGCAGCUUGCCAAGCAGCAGAGGCAGCUGUCCCAGCAGGUGCAGCAGUACAAGCGGGAAAUGCAGUUAGUUCAGAACCAGCUGGACUUGAACAAAUGCAUUAUGAAGCUUCAGAAGCUAAAGGGAAAAGAUCAGGACCUGACUCUUCUGACAGAGCUGGACCAAAGUGUGAAGACGGACAUCAUGUGCUGUCCACGCGGUGUGGGUGAUCAGCUGGACAAGACUGACGCCUUCCCGUUCACUGCGCCGCUGGAUAUCCCCUUGGCUUCAACAACAGCAACGACAACAACAAAACUGCCUUAG